AUGGACCAGUUUUUCGAAAAACUACAGAAAGACGGCAAGAAUAGCGUCGACAACAUUAUCAAAUGGAUGAAAGAUUCUAAAAUAAUAGAUGAAGUGAAAGCUUCCGAGGAGAAAGCGCGAAAGCUGUUCGAAGGCGUUCCGGAUAUCAACAAUAUAGACAUAAAUAAAUUGAAAGAGGUUAUCAACAAAAUGGCCGCCGAACAGAAGAAAAACGUUGAAGAGUUGACCACCAUGCUCGAGAAGCAGCCGCCUAAGGUUUUGGACGCACUGCAGGCCGGAGCUAGUGCUUUUAAGGCAGCUUUAGAGAAAAAAUAG